GGAAGCGGCGGCCGGGGUUGCCAUGGGGGCGGCGGCGGCGGCGAGCGGGGCCCGGUGCCGGUGCGGCGGGAAGGGGCGGGCCCGGCUGGACCCCUGCGGGGGGCUCUGCCUGCUGCUCACCUACCUGAGCGUGGGCUACGCCGAUUACGUCAUCCUGGAGCACGUCCUGCUCCAGCCGGGCUUCCGGGACAGCUUUUGGUGUCCUUUCCAUGCUGUAGCUUUUAACCUUGUCAUUCUGAUGCUCCUGAUCUCUCACACGAGGGCUGUCUUUGCUGACCCAGGUGUGGUCCCGCUGCCCGACACCGCCCUGGAUUUCUCUGAUCUCAGGAGCAGCAACAGCAACAAUGCCGCACAGCAGAACGGCCGGAAUAACGACGACUGGACCGUAUGCAACCGUUGCGAGACCUACCGGCCACCCCGGGCCCAUCACUGUCGCAUUUGUCACCGUUGCGUCCGCCGGAUGGAUCAUCACUGCCCUUGGAUCAACAACUGUGUGGGAGAACUUAACCAGAAAUACUUCAUCCAGUUCCUCUUCUACACAGGCUUGGCGAGCCUCUACGCCAUGGGGCUGGUCUUGACCACCUGGGUGUGGCCCCUGGAGAGGACCUCGGCCAGCAGACCCGAAGGAUACCAAGACGGCGUUCCGGGCAGCCCGGUCCAAAUUGCUCACCGGAUCAUCUUACUGGUGGAGUCGAUCCUCUUCGGCCUCUUCGUCACGGUGAUAUUUUACGACCAGGUGGUCUCCAUCAUCACCGACGAGACCCCCGUCGAGCAGCUACGCAGCCGGCUGCAGAAAGAGGGUCCGCGGGCGGGGAGUCACACGCGCAAGCCCAAGAUCGCCCUCCUGCGCGAGGUCUUCGGCCGAGGUUUUGUCCUCUGCUGGUUCUUCCCGUGCAACCUCACCUCGCCGUCGGCCAGCGGGCCCUCCUACAGCUACUUGCCCAACUACGACGUCUGACUGCUCUCUGGCCCGUCCCUCUCCGCUUGCUUCUCUUUCCCUCUUGGGGGGGGGCUUCAGCCCUCACCCACCCCCGGGCCGAAGAAGUCAACGCGGACCAGGCGAGGUGACCCUAGCUGGAACGGCUCGGGCCCAAGGCGGAAGGGGUGCGGCCGACGGGCUGGCAUUCGAAUCUCGGCACCUUCUCGCCUCUUCUUGGUGGUGCGUUUCUCCGGACGGCAUCCAGGCUUCACCGCCAGCCCUGCACGGCGGUCUUGUUUAGGAACCGCUUUGGACCGCAAAGCAGAACUAGGGCUGGGAGGAGGCUCCCGUCUCUUUUGAGCCGAUCCCUUCAUCCCGUCCACCCUCCCGAGAGGCCGGAUCUCCUGACCUCCAGGAACAAGGGAUCCCAGGAUCAUUCGGGUCCUCCCGAUUCCUCUUAACGGGGACCUUGUCCUGCUAAGUUGCUGCCUGGCCCCAGACAGGCGAUCCAACAGGUAGGGAAGGCCAAAAUUAUUUCUCUUUUUCGCUCGCCACCCCGGCCCGAUUUCGGCACAGCUACUCCUCGGCGUGCUUUGGAUUCCUGGGGAUGCUGCAACGGUCGUAAGUGUGAAAAAAAACGGUCCUCAGUCCCUUUAUCCAGUGCCGUUGUAACUGUGAGCGGUCACUAAAUGAGCUGUCGUAAGUCAAAAACUCCCUGUCGUCAAAACAAGGAGCGGGAUUCAUUUUGCUUCCUUUAGCCAGAAUUUUCCCUCCUGCCUCCUCCAGACUCAUCCCCCCCCCCGUAUACCUGUAAAUAGACUUAUUUAUUAACUUUAUUUAUUGAGGCUGCCUCCUUGGCAGUUAAAAGAAAAAAGGCAAACGGGUUAACAGUCCAUCAGCAGAUUUGUCUGAAGCUAAGUCUCCCAGGAAUAAACCAUCAUUGCUUGAA